GGCCAGCUGAGUGAAGUUCUUGCUGCAGGUCUGACACCUGAAGGGACGCUCUCCGCUGUGUACACGCAGAUGGACCUGAGGAAUGCAUGUGUGAAACUCACCCCUCUGUCUCCAGCCUCCAGGGUGGGAAAGAGAGGAUAAUGUAUCAUGGGCACACCCCGACCAGUCAACUGCACCUACAGCUCUGUGUUCAAAUCACCCUAAAGCAAUGGAGAUUUCUGCACUACACAGUGGGAGGAGAUCCAGAAUAUGCAGAUACUUGUGUUAUGCUGUGUGAAUGUGAAUAAAUGUCAGCACUGCGCCACUGCCACCAUGAUGAUCUCCUGCUGACAGGCCAAGGGUUAUUAUGGUGGCUUCAGGGCUAAGAGGAAUGCUACUGCACUUCACAACAGAUGUCUUUUCAAAUCCUGACGAAACCACCCACAGAGAUGAGGAGCAAAUGCUAUCACUGUACUCAGCUGACCCACAGUGCAGACGUCUGUAACUUGUCAUUGACAGAUGAUGUUCCACACUGACAAUAAAGAGCAGCACAGUCAGCCCUGGGUUGCCUGCGUUCUCAGAUUCCUGCCAUAUUUCUGGAUGGCUACUGAACAAACAGAGCUGGAUGACUAUCAUGGCUACAAAGUACCAGACCCGUACAGCUGGCUGGAGGACCCAGACAGUGAAAAGACACAGGCGUUUGUCAGCGCUCAGAACCAGCUGACGUUGCCCUUUUUGGAGCGCUGUGAGGUGCGAGACUUGUUCAAGGAGCGCAUGACAGAGCUGUACGACUACCCCAAGUAUAGCUGUCCAUUCAAGAGGGGGAGCAGGUACUUCCACUUCUACAACACGGGGCUCCAGAACCAGAGUGUGAUGUAUGUGCAGGAGAGCCUGGAUGCUGAGCCCACAGUGUUCUUAGAUCCUAACACAUUUUCUGAUGAUGGGACAGUUGCCCUGCGAGGCUAUGCAUUCUCUGAAGAUGGGGAGUACCUGGCAUAUGGCACCAGUGCCAGUGGGUCUGACUGGGUGGAGAUCAGGUUCCUGCGGGUUGAAGGUGCCAUACCUCUAGAGGACCGCCUGGAGCGAGUCAAGUUUAGCUGUAUGUCCUGGACCCACGAUGGGAAGGGACUUUUCUACAACUCCUACCCUGACCAGGAGGGCAAGAGUGAUGGCACUGAAACCUCCACCAACCUCCACCAGAAGCUAUACUUCCAUGUUCUGGGGACUCCGCAGUCUGAGGAUGUGCUGUGCGCUGAGUUCCCUGACCACCCCAAGUGGAUGAGUGGAGCUGAGGUAUCAGAUGAUGGGCGAUAUGUACUUUUGUCCAUCAGGGAAGGUUGUGAUCCAGUCAACAGACUGUGGUACUGUGACCUUAAGACCACUCCUCAGGGAAUUACAGGACUUUUGCCAUGGGUGAAACUAAUAGAUAACUUUGACGCUGAAUACGAGUACGUGACCAACGAGGGCACAUUGUUCACGUUCAAGACCAACCUAGACGCCCCAUGUUAUCGCCUCAUCAACAUCGACUUUGCCUCACCUGCUCAGAGCAACUGGAAAGAGCUCAUCCCUCAACAUGACAAGGAUGUUAUUGUAUUUGCCACCUGUACAUACUCCAGUUACCUGUUUGUGUGUUUCCUCCACGACGUGAAGAAUGUGUUGAAAAUGUACCGUCUGAGCACAGGGGAGGAGCUGAGGACCUUCCCUCUGGAUGUCGGCUCAGUGGUGGGCUUCACGGGACGGAAGCGGGACUCUGAGAUCUUCUACUAUUUCACCUCUUUCCUCUCUCCAGCCAUCAUUUACCACUGUGACCUGACCAAGGAGCCGCUGCAGCCCCACAUCUUCAGAGAGGUCACUGUCAAAGGAUUCAAUCCCUCUGACUAUCAGACCACCCAGAUCUUCUAUCCCUCCAAGGAUGGCACUCAAAUCCCCAUGUUUAUUGUUCACAAGAAGGGCAUCAAAUUGGACGGUUCCCAUCCAGGUUUUCUAUACGGCUACGGAGGCUUUAACAUCUCCAUCACACCGAGCUACAGCGUCUCCCGCCUCAUCUUUGUCAGACAUCUGGGAGGAGUGCUUGCUGUUGCCAACAUCAGAGGGGGAGGAGAGUACGGGGAGACCUGGCACAAAGCUGGCAUGUUGGGCAGCAAGCAGAACUGCUUCACAGACUUCCAGUGUGCAGCUGAAUAUCUCAUCAAGGAAGGAUACACUUCUCCUUCCAAGCUGACUAUAAAUGGAGGCUCCAACGGCGGUCUGCUUGUAGCGGCCUGUGUGAACCAGCGGCCUGAGCUGUUUGGCUGUGCUGUAGCUCAGGUAGGCGUCAUGGACAUGCUGAAAUUCCACAAGUUCACCAUCGGCCACGCCUGGACCACAGAUUUCGGAUGCUCAGAAAACAAAGAGCAGUUUGAGUGGCUCAUCAAAUACUCCCCGCUUCAUAACAUCCGCAUCCCAGAGGGCAACGGGGUCCAGUACCCUGCAGUACUCCUGCUGACAGGGGAUCAUGAUGACAGGGUGGUGCCCCUCCACUCUCUCAAAUAUAUCGCCACCCUGCAGCACAUUGUAGGCCGCAGCUCCAAGCAGACAAACCCCCUAUUCAUCCUUGUGGACACAAAGUCUGGCCACGGUGCUGGCAAGCCCACCAGUAAGGUCAUCCAAGAGGUGGCUGACACCUACGCUUUUAUCGCUCGCUGUCUCAGCAUCUCUUGGAUCAAAUAACCUGUGUAUAUUCAUUUGUUUUUUUUUUGUUUUGUUUUCUUCUGUCACUCAAAUCAUCUUUACACCAAUACUUAGUACAAGAUAACUCAUGUUUACCCAGCCACCAUAACCGCAUCUUUUUACAACAUACCCUGUGCUGUUGGCCAUGUUUGUAGUCCUGCUCAAACUCAGAAUGACUACAUUACCAGUGAUAGGUGAGUAAAGGGAAGGGGCACUUUCAUUUUUACAGUAAUCAGCCAAUCAGCUGUUACAGUCAUGAGGUCAUAGUGGCAAAAGUUUAUUUGAAGAUUGUUUCUGUGUCCCCUGGGUGCUCCAUCAUGAUGCAUAUUAUUUAUUUUUCCUUUGUGCACAGAAUGGAAAGGCUGGUGGAUGUUGAAUGAUCUCAGCUUGCACAAUUCUGAUGAGACGGUAUUGUGCAAAUGAUGAUACUGAUAGUUGACAGUAUUGCUGUGGAUAUGAGUGCAGAAACUUGCAAAAACACCUAGCAUUGUGUGUGUGUGUGCGUGUGUGUUUAAAUGUCAGGCCCCCACAAUCCUUUCAGACUGAUAAUGAUUUCUACCUCUUGACAUGUGCUGAUUGUUUACCUUUUAAAGGGAACAGAACACAAUGCCACAGCUACAAUAAACAACUUUUUAAACAGUGAUUUAACCCUGCCCAUUUAUUCUUUG